UGUGAAUUUAAUUCAUCUUGGGCUAUGGAGAAAUGGGGGCAACUAAUGUUUUCUUAUUACACAAAAUACUUUGAAAUUCCAAUUGUCCUUACACCUCACUAAGUCUGCUUUUCCCCCCUUUUGUCCCAGUCUGUUCUCUCAUGCUAGUUGUAGAGGUUCAGUCCCAUAGAAGGGAAGCAGAGCAGAUGUAUCCAGAACUAGUGUGGGUGUGAGAUAGUUAGGGAAUUUGUACAAUUUACAAACUCUGUGUGUGUGUGUGUGCAUGUGAUUAUGAACUCUGUAUAUGUCUUUAUCAAGCUGCAAAUCACAUUUUGAGUGUGGAGGCGAUUGCCUUCUCACCUCCAUGUAGGGCUGAAAUUCCAAUGUGUUGUGGUACAGAGCUGGCAAUAGAGUGUUUUUAAACUUGGAGUGGUCCUCAAUUUUAAUACAAACAUCCCAGACAGACUGGCUCCCACCCAGAAGAAUUGGUUUGUCUGAGGAGAGAAUGCCAGGCAACAAAGUCAUAUGGUAGAGCACUGAUCACCAGUUGAGGCUGAUUCGGAAGUCAUCUGAUCAAGGGACUAGAAGUUUAUAAAAGGACUCACAAGGGAAAGUCUCAGGACACACAUGAGGUUUGGCAGGAGAGAAGAAGGGAAUGGACUGAUGAUGGCCAGAGGUGGCAGAUUGGAGAGAAGGCUACAUGUUUAAGAACCCAAGCUAUGCACUGCAACAGGAGGAUUCUGGAUGGCUCUAAAGGGCUCUGGUCUCAGCACAGAGAAUGCUCUGGAAUGAGGCCCUUCACCGCCCCUAUGGUUGUGAUGUUGAACCCCAGGCACUGAAUGAAGCCAUCAGGUGGAGCUCUAAGGAGAACCUGCUUGGAACCACUGAGAGCGAUCCCAAUCUUUUUGUUGCACUUUAUGAUUUUGUAGCAAGCGGCGACAACACGCUCAGCAUCACUAAAGGUGAGAAGCUACGAGUCCUGGGUUACAACCAGAAUGGUGAAUGGAGUGAGGUAUGUUCUAAGAAUGGGCAGGGAUGGGUGCCAAGCAACUAUAUCACACCAGUGAACAGCCUGGAGAAGCAUUCCUGGUAUCAUGGGCCCGUGUCACGCAGUGCAGCAGAGUAUCUGCUGAGCAGCCUCAUCAAUGGCAGUUUUCUGGUUCGUGAAAGUGAGAGCAGCCCAGGGCAGCUGUCCAUCUCCCUCCGGUACGAGGGGCGUGUUUACCACUACAGGAUCAAUACCACCGCAGAUGGAAAGGUGUAUGUGACAGCCGAAAGCCGCUUCAGCACAUUAGCAGAGCUAGUUCACCAUCAUUCUACAGUGGCAGAUGGACUGGUGACAACCUUGCAUUACCCAGCACCCAAGUGCAAUAAGCCCACAGUCUACGGAGUGUCCCCCAUCCAUGACAAGUGGGAGAUGGAACGAACGGAUAUCACCAUGAAGCACAAACUUGGGGGAGGGCAGUAUGGUGAAGUAUACGUUGGUGUCUGGAAGAAAUACAAUCUCACUGUUGCUGUGAAAACACUAAAGGAAGAUACCAUGGAAGUGGAGGAGUUCUUGAAAGAAGCUGCUGUGAUGAAGGAAAUCAAACACCCAAAUCUAGUGCAAUUAUUAGGUGUAUGCACCCUGGAGCCACCCUUUUACAUUGUGACGGAAUAUAUGCCAUAUGGGAACCUGCUGGACUAUCUACGAGAAUGCAACCGGGAGGAGGUGAGCGCUGUUGUGCUGCUCUACAUGGCCACUCAGAUCUCCUCUGCUAUGGAGUACUUGGAGAAGAAGAAUUUCAUCCACAGGGACCUAGCAGCUCGAAACUGCUUGGUAGGAGAAAACCACGUGGUGAAGGUGGCCGACUUUGGCUUAAGUCGACUGAUGACUGGAGAUACCUACACAGCUCAUGCUGGAGCCAAGUUUCCUAUCAAGUGGACAGCACCUGAGAGCCUGGCCUAUAACACCUUCUCAAUUAAAUCAGAUGUGUGGGCCUUUGGGGUGCUAUUAUGGGAAAUUGCCACCUAUGGGAUGUCACCAUAUCCAGGUAUUGACCUCUCACAGGUGUACGAUCUGCUGGAGAAGGGAUAUCGGAUGGAACAACCAGAGGGGUGCCCUCCAAAAGUUUAUGAACUGAUGAGGGCAUGCUGGAAGUGGAAUCCUCCAGACCGACCAUCCUUUGCUGAGACCCAUCAAGCCUUUGAAACAAUGUUCCAUGACUCCAGCAUCUCUGAAGAGGUAGCAGAGGAGCUUGGAAGAACAGCCUCCUCCUCAUCCAUAGUUCCCUACUUGCCCCGGUUACCCAUGCUUCCCUCCAAGACUAGGACUCUGAAGAAACAGGCAGAGAACAAGGAGAAUAUUGAAGGAACACAAGAUACUGUGGAGCAUUCGGCUUCCAGCUCAGCACCAGGGUUUAUCAGAAGCACACAGCCAACAAGUGGAUCUCCAGCACUGCCUCGCAAGCAAAGGGACAAGUCCCCCAGCGGCCUCUUGGAAGAUGCUAAAGAGACCACUUUCACCAGGGACAGAAAGGGUGGCUUUUUCAGCUCCUUCAUGAAGAAGAGGAAUGCCCCCACACCUCCAAAGCGUAGCAGUUCCUUCCGUGAGAUGGAGAAUCAGCCCCACAAGAAAUAUGAACUCACGGGUAACUUUUCAUCUGUUGCUUCUUUGCAGCAUGUUGAUGGAUUUUCUUUUACUCCCACCCAGCAGGAUGCAAGCCUGGCCCCAGCCAAGUGCUACAGUGGGGGCUUUGCACAGAGGAACUUCUACGGUGAUGACAGUGGUGGUACCAGCAGUGGUGGGAGUGCAAACACUGGUGGUGGGUGGUCAGGCAUCACAGGUUUCUUUACCCCACGCUUGAUUAAAAAGACACUGGGUUUACGAGCAGGGAAACCCACGGGUGGCGAAGAAGCUUCAAAGCCUUUUCCAAGGUCAAAUUCUACAUCUUCCAUGUCUUCGGGGCCUCCCGAGCAGGAUAGGAUGGCAAUGACUCUUCCUAGAAAUUGCCAGAGGUCAAAAAUCCAGCUGGAAAGGACAGUGUCUACCUCCUCUCAGCCAGAGGAGAGUAUAGGUAGAUCCACUGACCUGCUUCCCAAAAGGCUUGAAGAAGGUCCUGCUCUGACCAGAGAGAGACCGAAAGCCAAACUCUUGCCAAGAGGUGCCACUGCUCUUCCAGUCAGAACCUCUUCAGGGGAUUCAGCUGUUGCAGAGAAGGACUGUCCAGGUCUGGCAACAACCCCUAAGAGCAAAGAAAAAAACAGUGGUACACAGCAAGGAGCGCUAGAAGAUGGAGAGAGACCAGGAUGGUCUUCUCCAGCAAAGGCUGCAGCAAUGCUUCCAACCACUCAUAACCACAAAGUGCCAGUCCUAAUCUCACCCACUCUAAAACAUACUCCAGCAGAUGUGCAGCUUAUUGGCACAGACUCUCAGGGUAAUAAAUUUAAGCUCUUAUCUGAGCAUCAGGUCACAUCUUCCGGCGACAGGGACCGGCCCAGACGGGUAAAACCAAAGUGUGCCCCACCUCCACCGCCAGUGAUGAGGCUCCUGCAGCAGUCACCCGUUUGCUCAGACACUGCAGAAGAGUUGAGCAACACCGCAGCAGCGCAGCAUGGACUGGAAACAAGUGAAGGUGGUAAAAAGGCAGUGGUGGCACAUGGUGGUGGAAAAGCUGGGAGGCCCAUGAUGCCUCCCCCUCAAGUGCCUCUGUCAUCAUCUUCCACCUCACCAGCGAAAAUGGCCAAUGGCACAGCAGGUGCUAAAGUGGCAUUAAGAAAGACCAAACAGGCAGCUGAGAAAAUCUCAGCAGACAAAAUCAGCAAAGAGGCACUGCUGGAGUGUGCAGACCUCCUCUCGAACGCCAUUGCUGAGCCGACGCCAAACAGCCAGCUGGUGGAUACGGGGCACCAGCUGUUGGAUUACUGCUCAGGCUAUGUGGACUGCAUCCCACAAACACGCAACAAAUUUGCCUUCCGGGAAGCCGUGAGCAAACUGGAACUCAGCCUGCAGGAACUGCAGGUGUCCUCAACAGCUGCUAGUGUGCCUGGAGCAAACCCCGUCCUUAAUAACUUAUUGUCAUGUGUCCAAGAAAUCAGUGAUGUGGUUCAAAGGUAGCUACUGUCAAUCUGGAUAAAGGAAAAAUUACACAUGGAGGGGAAACUCUGUUCCUGUAUUGAUGCUUUCAAAAGGCAAGACUGAUACUUGAGUUUUUUGUGAAGUACCUCAGAUCACUGAGUUCUCCUCACGUUUACAGUUUCAUCUCAAAAAUGGGGGGGGGGGAGGGAAGAGACACUGGAGGAGGGAGUGUUUGUGAGAGAUUGAAGCUGAAAGGGCAGAAUCUCAAGAAUUUUCCCUAACCAGCAAAUCUGAUUUACUUGUGUCCGCAAGUGAGAGACGUUCCUUGCUCUUGCCUGUAAAAGGCAGGAGAAUCGAUGGUGGGUUCUUUAGGUAGGGGGGGUUUCCACGUGCUGUCCAGAGUCCUGGAGUGACUGCAUGGCCAGCUGGCUGUACAGAUCCUCCCCUUUCUGCACUAAUGCAUAUUUUGGCCUCCAGAGAUCACCAGGGAAAGGCAGUAGGGCACAGUUGGUACCUAAUGCUGAGAAUUCUGAGCCUGAGUCCCAGAGGGGGGAGAGUCUGUGUAUGGUUGUGGGGAAAGAGGUGUAACGCACUGAUGGUGUUCAGAGCUGCUGGAGUGGAUGCACUAGCCCAGGUGGCAUACUUCCACAGUACUGUUGCUGCUGUAGUAAGAACUGCAAAAUGAGUUAAUAUAUUAAACUAACCGCUUUCCCUCCCACCCACUUCAUGCCAUUACACAUUUAUAUUUGAAGCAUCAGGCAUGCUGGGCAGAUUUGCCACUGAUGACCUGCCCUGGCCCCCCCCCCACCCCCCAAAACCACAAACACAGUCUUCACUUUGGUUGACUCUACCCAUUUUAGGUAGUCUAGCAUGGGUGCUACCUGACAGUUGGUCACUUGUGAGUAGUUGGAGGCUGUUGCACAACUUACCAGUGUCUGUUGAUAAACUGUAGAUUGUUUCUAACUUUGGUUCAAUGUUAGUUCCUUCUUCUGUGUGGUCACCUGGAGAUGCACAGUUGCCAAGGCACUGCCUCCUGUCCAUGCAGAAUCUCAUUGCUCUCUACAUUCCUUUGUAGCAUUGAAAGUGCUGACACUAAUACAGCCAUCUUGGGAACCAGCCAUAUAGCCUUACUGGCCCUGUAGUCCCACUGUGUAACAGCCUUCUCAGCAUGUCUGACCCCCAACAUAACAUUAGCUUUGUGGGAGUUGCUCCACAAGCCCUGGCCUUUCCAAGUCACUAGGCUGUAAAUAUAAGUAAGAUAUACCAGAUAUCUCCACAGUCUUUUUUUUAAAUGCUAGAUAUCCGACAGCAUUUUGUGCUGUGGAACGUAGACAGUUCUUCCUACUAUAGCACAGCAGAAUGUGAUGAUGACACAACUGCUUUGUUUUAUAGAGCACCAGUGUUUGUGUUGACAUUCAUCAGUUCUGUAGUGGAUUAAAAAGCUGCUGUCUAGUGGGGUUACAUGGUGACUGGGGUCAGUAAUUGCCAUAGGCCAUAUCCUGAGCUCCUUACUGUUUUAUUCAGCCUCCCACUGAAGCCCUUGGGAGCUUGCCUGAGUAAGAACUUCACAAUUGGGCCCAGUGUGUGCGGAAGAAGGCGUUGCCUGCUAUUUGUGCUGUCACUUAAAAGGAGAUAAUGUGUGACCAAAGCACCACUGCAGGAUGGCUCCAGUACAGUAUGCUCAGUCUCUCUCUAGGGUUAUGACUGCUCUGGCAAGUGGUGGGUUUCACUUUUUCACAAGUGCAAGUGACAGGUUGGUAAUCACCACUUUGUUUUAAAUGCACAAUACACCACUUACAGAGGUCGCCACAAAUGGAGAUGAGUGACUAGAGCAUGCUCAGAAACCUCCUUUAUUCUAUAUGUGCUGCACGCUUUCCAGUAUCUUAUGCAAGUGGAUUUUGCAUGGAUGGUCAGUGGAGCUGGAGGACAGAAAAAGAUCUUUAGCCUAUUCCAUGUUGGUAGCAAAUUUUAGAUUACUGAACACCUGCUUUAUUUCUCUCUCUAAUAUUAAAUGUCUAUACCAAAGGGUCACUCUUCCAAGGCGUGUGCUGUGCACAGGGGGUAACGAUUAUGGUCAGCUCAGCACGCAGUUUGUGUCAGUAGUGAAUUUGUUGAGGACAAUAUUGGAUUAAACUAAAAACACCUUAAUCACCAAUCACACUACCAGUGUUGUCAAUUGUUUUGUUUAAUAAUUGUUGUUGUAAUAUAUUUGAUUGUUUUUUCUAAUUUAAUUUUCACUCUAUUGUCUGACUGUGAACUGCAAACAGUGUUAAACUUGAUGUAAAUAAGGUUUUGCCUGUCGUUCCACAAGUUUUGCCAAGUUGCAUUUUGUUUUAAAUAAAAGUUGCAAUAUUUUAUUGGCAAAUAAA